AUGGGCGUUUGCGGCUGCGGGUGGAAGGUUGCCUUUGUCACGGCCUUUCCUGUGAACUUGAUCACAGAGAGGUCAGACGGAUGGAUGGAUUUUGCAAUUCUGGAGGCUAUCACUUCCAUGCAUUUGGAGCAAGUCCUGCAUCGAGAGGUUUACGAGGAGCGCUCUCACGAGCGCUAUGCACGACCUCUCUUUGUGGCGCUGGGCCGGGGCGGUCCUCGAGUUUUAGACGUUGGCGGCGGUGAUGGGCACAUGGCGGAGUGGUGGUCUCAACAUGGUUGUGAGGUCCACCUCCUGGAGGUGGAUGCUGCUUUGGCGCAGUCUGCCAAGGAACGCUUGGGCCAGGACCGUGUCGCCUUUCAUGACGGUGUGUCUCCAUGGCCGUAUGAAGACAGCUCAUUUGACACUUGCCUUUUGCUCUUCGUGUUGCAUCACAUUGCCGACUCCGUGGAGACAACACUCUCUGAAGCUGCAAGAGUGGCAAAGCGGGUGCUUGUCCUUGAAGAUCAACCGCGGUCAGCAAAGAGCAAGGGACUGCUGAACUUAGCUGUGCAGGUUACUGCGCAACAUUUCCGUCCCUUUGGUCAGGAUCCACAAGUGUACAUGCGGAACAUCCGGCCUGAUGCUGCGUGGCGGCAGCUCUUUGCGGGCGCUGGCUUGCAAUGCGUGCAGCAGGUUGAAAUCACCGGUACACUGCAGCAUCCUGUGCCACAUACGCUUUAUGAGCUGCACCCGGUGCCGAAAGACAUUGGCGCAGACUUCAUUCCAUUGGAGGUUUGUACAAGGACGGGACAAUGCCUGCCACCGCGGCUUGCAGCACGAGCUUUCUACGCUUUGGGAUGGCAGCCAGAGAAGGCAAUGAAAGCCAAAGGUAAUGCUUUCGCAGACUUGACGGCCACGCCGACCCCCCAGCGGCGCGUGAGCGGGGAGAGUGGCUUGCGGCGCUUUACAGUGCCGCAGAAAUCGACCUAUGCCAGGGCGAUGAGAGAGAUUUCCAACGGGCAGAAAGAAAGUUGUUGGAUGUGGUUCAUGAUUCCAACUCCACCAUAUUUGGUCGACGGCAUCGAGCGUGGCAGCGCGCGAAACCGGCGCUUUGCGCUUCGUACUGAUGAGGAAGUCCGAGAAUAUCUCAGGUUUGAGGCAGAUGGCGUGAGCUUGAGGCAGAACUACCUAGGGCUGAUGAAGGCGAUCUUGGAUCAGCUCAAGAAGGGUCGGCAGGUGACGCAGCUCAUGGGAGUUGUGGAUGAGCCAAAGCUUCGAAGCUCCGAGAAUAUCGGACGCGUUCGAGUGCAAGAGGGUCCUGAUGGACUGGAGCUCAUUGUGGAUGAGACAUUGGCCUCCCUUUACUCCGAGAGACGCGGCAGAUUUGUUUGGGAUGCGCUGGCCCUGCCCAUACUGGCUUUGUCAGUAUCAAGGCCUAGGGUGCUAAUCUUGGGCCUGGGUGGCGGCACCUGCGCACGGAUCAUACAGGACUUGAGCCCAGAGGCAGUCAUUGUUGGUGUAGAGUUGGACGCAGAGGUGCUCCGCGUGGCCAGAGAGAACUUUGACCUUGACGCUUUAGAGAUCGAGGUAUGUGAAAUGGACGCCCUGCAGUUCUUGCGGGAGGACAAGCGCAAGUUCGACCUCAUCAUAGACGAUGUCUUUGCAGGCUAUGCCAGGAGUGUGAAGAAGCCACGUUGGCUGCCCCAGCCGGGAUUCCGCUUGGCAAGGCGUUGUUUGCAGCCAGGAGGCUUAUUGGUGACCAACGCCUUGUGUCGUGAAGCAAAGUAUCUUCAACAAGGCUUGCAGCGGCUUUUUCCUGCCCUCCUUCGACUUAGGGUGUCAGAUUACGAGAACGAGAUCUUUCUGGCCGGGCCGACCAAAUGCUUGAGCAGCUUCCAGGAAAGGGCUGAGGUGCAGUCACUUCAAGACAUCACGGUGGAACGCCCAGGAGCCGUCGGCCCUCUCCUUCCCAGGAGCAUCAAGGACUCGCGCUAUGUUCGGCUCGGUCGACUGGCGCUUUCCCUCUCUCUGACAGCCCUUCUUCGCGUUUGGCGACAAAAAGUGACAAUCCGAAUCCGGGUUUGA